ACUAGAAGAGGUGUUGGCAUAAUCAACAAAAUUAUGACUGUUAUCACUCGAGCAGUAACGGGAGUUGUUGUAGGCGGUCUCAUCUGGAUUAAUCAACCAUUAGCAGAAUUCCUAGUGGGCUUAACUUUGUUGAUUCAAAUUGGAAUUGUAGUAGCAGGAGUGGUAACGUUUCUUCUGGCUAUAUAUUUGGAUAAAAAUUCUGACAGACGUGAAUUCUGGGCACUAUUGAUGUUCAUGUGGAUCGUCUUUUUUUUUUAUGCAAACACGUACGCCCCGUUGCAUUAUGAUCCCCCUCGAGGAAAUUGUUGGGAACAUGUUCGAAACAAGGUUUUUGCACUUUCUGAAGAAAUUAGAUUUGAAGACAUCAGAGUGCUUGAUGGACUGGUAGCUAACCGUCUCAUUCAAUCAAACAAGCACAUCAUGGAAAUAAGUGAAAAGCGGGAAGACUGGAAACCGAAAGACAGCACCUGGUUGUUGACAAAAGUCCUUCCGUGGUCAGGAAAUAGUGGCUACACCAAGUUCUGUUGUAUGCUACAUGCAAAGUCUAAGUUGCCUGAACUUGGAAGAAACGUUUGUAACAAGUGCCACCAAUGGAAUAACCACGAAUGCGAAACAAAUAAUUCAGUGCAAUUUGUUUUUGACAAAUCUUGCUGGUCGGUACUUCUCACCUUCCGCCAGUCUAAGUUCGAUGUUGACAUGCCAAUUGCAUGGAAGUUUUUGAAUGACUUGGAUUUGGACUUUUCUUCAGUAGUGUCUAAUGCAUCGAUGGUCUGCACUAACCAGAAAAUCAUGGUAAGCCUAGAACUCAACAUUGAUGAAAAGUAUAUCCUCAAGAAAAUGUUUCAAGAAAACAUUGCUCGUCAUCUAGGAGUUAAGUUUUCUGAAAUAGAGGUAGUUUACUCUAGAAGAAACAGUACGUUGAUUCUGCUGCGUCUCUCACCGAGAGCUGGACUGCAACUUUUUAUUACAAUGCAUGCAAGGAAGCUGAGAGAUCAAUUUGGCAAAAUGAUGGCAAAGGCGAUGAGAGGAGAUUCGCUGGCAAAUGUCUCUAUUCAGGUGAAGAUAAGUGAUGUACCACCAUCUACACUGUAUGUUGCUCCUACUGAACCCUGGCUAAUGUCAUAUUACAUGUGGACGUUACUGGAAGAUGUAUAUGUGGUCACGUUUAUUAUUGCUACGAUUUCUGUUAUUAUGAUUCUUUCGCUUCGGAUAGCAAGGCAGGAUUAUGAUUCAUCACAUCACACUAUUUUGGGACGACAAUACGCCGCAAAAGAUAACCCCAAAAUUCCUACAUCCAAAGAUAUGCAAAUGUCUCAGAGAGAUGAGUGGUCUUUCCUUCUUUAUGUACAAUAUAAAAUUGGCAGAGAUAUCUGGACACUGGCAUCAAUGUUGAACAUUAAUGACGCGAAAGUGGACAUUAUAAAAGAAGACGUCUCUGACCUCAGUGGAGCGUGUGGUGCUGUCUUGAAGAUGUAUAAAGAGCAAUGGAAAGGCAGUGCAGCUGACGCAAAACGUAAUAUUAUAAAAGUACUAAGGGAUAAGCCAUUGCGUCGAUAUGACAUUGCAGAGAUACUUUGUACCCAAUGCUAGUUGUAGUAGUUGAUUCAAGUGAAAACUCAAUUCAUAGCAAUGUCUGCAUAGGGUUACUAUAUGUUUAUAAUCUUUCUUACAUAAUGUUUAGAAGUGUGACUGUAGCAUGAUGAAAAUACCGGUAACAUGUUUUACCUGUACCCAUUUUUUCUUUGAUUUUUGAUGUACCAGUGCUUGGAAUCCAGGAAGAAUCUUUGCCUCUCUUUGAUCUCU